AUGGCAGACACAACGACUCCAAUCGAGCUCCCGGUCAUUGACAUAUCCAAUCCCCAUGACCCCGCUGUGGGGAAGGCCAUGCUGGACGCUGCCGCCAAGUAUGGGUUCUUAUAUGUCAACAGCAAAGGCAGUGAUUUCACCGUGGAAGAUGUAGACCAUGGGUUUGGAUUGUCCAAGAAGUUCUUCGCCUCGCCGGCACAGGAGAAGGAAACCUGCCGCAUUGAGCCGAACAACCGCGGUUGGUCUGGAAUGCAUGUGGAAACCCUCGAUCCUGAUCAUCAACGGACCGGGGAUUUCAAAGAAGCCAUGAACUUCGGCGACUUCAAAGAUGGCAAAGCGCAACAACCUCUGCCACCCUCCCUAGUUCCCCAUGAAGAAGAAAUCAACGAGUUCGCCAAACUAUGCAACAAAACAUGCAACCGAAUCCUCACCCUGCUAGCCCUAGGCUUGGAAAUCCCAGAAGACUUCUUCACCACCCGCCAUGAUCCCGUCUCCGGCCCAACCGGCAGUAUCCUGCGGUACCUAUUCUACCCAUCCAUCUUCUCACCCAAGACAGCAGCCUACAAGCACGACAAAGACGUGCGAGCAGGCGCCCACUCCGACUACGGAAGCAUAACGCUUCUGUUCCAGCGUCCCGGCCAACCCGGGCUCGAGAUCCGCACUCCAGAGGGAACCUGGGCGCCUGUACCCAUUGUACCAGGCCCGGAUGCAGGAGCGUAUCCGUUCCCGCCGAUUCUGGUCAAUAUUGGCGAUCUGCUCAGUUAUUGGACUGACGGACUUCUGAAGUCGACUGUGCAUCGUGUUGUGUUCCCGUUGGCUGAGCAGCAGAGCCCGAACCCGCAGGAUAGAUACACGCUGGUGUAUUUCUGCCAUCCGGUUGAUACGACUGAGUUGAUCCCGGUUCCGAGCGAGGUUGUUGCGAGACAUCGCGAGGGACAUGGGGGCAUUGUUGGGAAGGUUGGGUUUGGGGGUGGUGCCGGGAGCUUGGUGCCUGGGGACAAGCCCUUGACAGCGCAUGAACAUCUCAUGUCGAGGCUGGAGGCGACCUAUGGGUUCAGUAAGGAUGAGUGA